AUGACGGAUUUUGGAGCCAUCCAUGCCUUCUUCUCGGGAGCGAGACGCAAGACAUUGCGAUCCCGCUCUUCCUGCGAUGUGCCGACAGAAGUACUGGCACCUCGUUGCGAAGUGGUGUCCAUAGGAGAACCGACACCACUGUUAGCGCCCGAGUCUCGCGACCUCGAGCGCCUUCGCUUUGGCGAUGGUUCAUCUGAUUCAUCAGAUGAACCAAAGAUGCUACGACGCAAAGCAUCGUCCAUGCCACGCUUGGCAGGAGGCUUGGAUUCAAUCGCCGUCGAUACGGAUCCGUCUUCCGUAUCAGGAGAGUACGAGACACCGAGCUCGUACUCUGUGAAGACAUGA